CAGAACGUCCAGAUCGGCUUGUUCCGGUAACAGGUUAGACAGCUUGACCUUGGCCGCUCCUCUUUGCACUUUGCAGCCACUGGUCGAAGCAGAUGAUGUCGUGGGCUGCUGUUAACCUGAGACGGACAGCUGCCCGAUGCUUUCGUGCGCGAUGCCUCGGGGUCCGCGUCGGUCCUUGGUGCGUCUCCCAGCAGGAAAACCCCGGCUGCGGUCCAACUCCACACAGGACGCUGCGUGUCAGCGCGGCGGCCACCGCGGGACACAAUAAAUGGUCUAAAGUCCGGCACAUCAAGGGCCCCAAGGACAUGGAAAGGAGUCGAAUCUUCACUAAACUCACUCUAAGUAUCCGCCUGGCGGUUAAAGAGGGAGGCCCCAACCCUGAGCACAACAGCCACCUGGCCAACAUCUUAGAGGUGUGUCGAAGCAAGCAUAUGCCCAAGUCAACUAUUGAGUCAGCACUGAAAACAGAGAAAAACAAGGACAUUCAUUUGCUGUACGGGGUUAGAGGCCCUGGUGGCUCUUCUCUGCUCAUUGAGGCAUUAUCGAGCAGUGGUCCCAAGUGCCAUUUGGACAUUAAAUAUAUCCUGAAUAAGAAUGGGGGAAUGAUGGCUGAAGGAGCUCGUCGUUCCUUUGACAAAAAAGGAGUGGUUGUGGUUGGAGUAGAGGACAGAGAGAAGAGAGCUGUGAACCUAGAGCGUGCCCUGGAACUGGCAAUUGAGGUGGGAGCUGAGGACGUGAAAGAAGCUGAGGGCGAAGAAGAGGAUCUUUUUAAAUUUAUUUGUGAUGCCUCUUCACUGCAUCAAGUGAGGAAGAAACUGGACUCCCUGGGCCUGUGUUCUGUAUCCUGUUCCCUGGAGUUCAUCCCCAACUCAAAGGUGCGGCUGGCUGAACCUGACUUGGAGCAGGCUGCUCACCUCAUCCAGGCUCUCAGCAACCAUGAGGACGUGAUUCACGUUUAUGACAAUAUCGAAUAGCCAGACUAUGCAUGUCUCCAGGCUCUUCCCUAGGUUGCACAAACUUCUGCGGCAAUUUUGGAGACUGAAAUAGGUGAAUGCCUAUCAGAGACCUGAUGCCAUGGCUUACAGCCUUAAGAAAACGGACUCCAGCUCUGUUGGGACCAUCUGGGAUACAAGAUAAGACUAGCUAGCUGGUCUGAUUCUGAUCUCAGGUGAAUAGCCUUUGUCAAAAUUCUAAGUGUCUUGUGGUAUAUAGAGUGGAAAUUGAUCAUCAAUAAUUACAGUAAUGCCAGUGGUGGCGGUGGUGCAUGCCUUUAAUCCCAGCACUCGUGAAGCAGAGGCAAGCAGAUCUCUGUGAGUUUAAGGCCAGUCUGGUCUACAGAGUGAAUUUCAGAACAGGCUCCAAAGCUGCAGAGAAACCCUGUCUUGGAAAAUCUAAAAAAAAAAAAAAAAAAAAAAAAAAAAAUUAAUAAUAGUAAUGUAACAACAGUAGUAAUUGAUUAUUCUUGGAUGCUGCGUUGGUGGUAUGACUCUUGAGUUGUCCCCAGUUUGUGUCCAGUAUUUGAACUUCUGGACUAAUGUUCAGGUCCACAUACUUAUUUCUCUACUUUAAUACUAAAAUUAUCUUUUUUUUUUCCUUUUUGCAAUAGAAAUGUGGCUGUUCUCUGUGUUGAA